ACCGUCCUCGGCCACUCGCUCAGAGUGGAUGAGGAUCGCAGAGGGGUCUGUCGGAAACCGAGUCUCCCUCGACCGGGAUCCAGCCGAUCCCAGAAUCUGCAGGGACAAAGGCCCCGGGCGGCUCGGGCCAUGGGAGACCCGGGGGCCGUUGCAGUCCUGGUUCUGGCGGCAGAUGUGUGUCUGUCCGGGCGCCAGGGAUGCGGUGACUGAUCCGUUGAGCGCGGCGGCAGCGGGAAGACGUCCAGGCGGCCGGCUGGGGGCGCCCUUCGUGCCCCAGGGCUCGGGACCGAGGGCUCUCAGAUCCGCUGGGGGGGAACAUGAAGGGCGGCGCCCCCAGGGAGGGACUGGCCCUCAUUCCCCGCUCCCCCGCCCCCCCGCUCCCCCCCUGCCCCAGGCUGCAGCCUGGGAUCCCCCAGGGACUCCCCGGAGCCGCUGCUUCCCCCAUGGACUUGCCGGGGGACUCCAGCCCGCCUGGCUGUCGACGGCUGUGCCGCCAGCCCCUGACUCGAGCACUAUGGGGAGCCCGCAGCCCCAAAAGGCAGAGGCUCCAGCCCCACGGGGCCCCUUCCCCGCUGGAAAAAGCCUCCCGGCGGGUCCUGACUGUGGUGCUGGAAGAUGUUAUGGCUGCCCACAGGGUGCCCUUGGCAUCCCGAGAGGAACCCUCCCUGCCAAGGCACCGCAGCAACCCUGGAGAUUCUGUCUGCAGCCAGCCUGCCUCACAGCCACCUCAGCCCUCCCGGGCCUCCCAGGAGAGGCCUCCAGACCGACUGCACUUAUGUCGCCAGCCUUUGAGCCGUGCCCAGCACCACCCUGCCAGCCACAGGCUGCGAUCCAGGACAACCCCUGGCCCAGAGGAGGGCCGUUCAAAAAAGGUGGACCGGGCCCCCCAGCCCACUUUGGUGGUAGUGCUAGAGGACAUUGCCCACUCCAGGCCCCCAGCUGAGGGUUUCACCAGUCAGACGUCCAGCCGUUUGGUCCCAGCAGGAAGAGCUGAGCCCCUGAGAAUGGUUCACCAACCAGGACCUUCUUCAUCCAGGGACCUAGAGGCCUCAUUCCAGCCGUCCUUCCCAGCUGCCAGCCAUCUGGAGAGCUCACUACCAGCCUCAGAUCCUCUUCUGGAGCCCCCAUUAACACCACCUUCAUCCAGCCUUUUACGUCCACGCCUCAGUCCCUGGGGCUUGGCUCCCCUCUUCCGCUCCGUCCGCUCCAAGCUGGAGAGCUUCGCUGACAUCUUCCUCACACCUCACAAGGCCCCGAGGCCCCCACCCCCAUCAUCCCCCAUGAAGUUGGAGUUGAAGAUCGCCAUCUCAGAGGCUGAGCAGGAGCAGUCUAUGGCUGCCCUGACCACUGAGACCGUCAGUCCCCGGCCCCCUAUCCGCCAGUGGCGGACCCAAGACCAUAGCCCCCCACCACCUCCCCCAAAGCCGUCUCUAGGCCGAAGCCAAUCCUGCCCUGACCUGGGAGGCUCAGGUACUUGGCCGCCUGCUCCGCCUCAGUGCAGCCGGCUCCGGCCCCGGAGGCAUACAGUGGGUGGAGGCGAGAUGGCCCGAUCCCCACCACCACCUCGGCCUUGUCUCCGGAAGGAAGUCUUCCCUCUUGGAGGGAUGGGAGUUUCUCCUCCCCUCGCCACAUCAUGCUCAGCCACGGUGUCCACGGCCUCCUUCCCUGAGCCUGCAGAAGCCAGGUCGGGCUCAGUCAAAAGGAAGGUGCCCCGGGCCUCUAAGGACCAGGUGCUUUCAGACCCUGAGACCAAGGUCAUGGGGAAGGUUUCUAGAAUCAGGAUCCGCAGAACACCAGCCAAGUCUCAGCAGAACCUCACACCCAUGGGGCUGCCUCGACCAGUCAGGUUGAACAAGAAGGAGUUCAGCUUAGAAGAAAUUUACACCAACAAGAACUACCAGUCACCAACCAGCAGGAGGACAUUUGAAACCAUCUUUGAGGAACCUCGGGAGCGUAACGGGACUCUGGUUUUCACUGGCUCGAGAAAGCUCCGGCGGGCUGUGGAAUUUCGGGACAGCAGCCUCCCUCGAUCCAGGCGGCCAACACGAGGGGUCCGGGCUACAGCUGGAAGGACCCUGAAGGCCAACGUUACCCCCAGCCCAGAUGUGGGACCCCUGCUACAGCAGCGGCUAGAAGAGUUGGAUGCCUUACUCCUGGAGGAGGAGGACGUGGAGAGGGAGCGAUGUCACUGGACCUAGGUGCUUGGUUUAUCUGUCCAUCCAUCCAUCUGUCCAUCCGUCCCCAGGGAAGCAACACCCCCAAGGCAGUUGUUUUUUCUUUAUAUUUCUAGUAAAGUUUUCAAUAUGUUUCUGA